AAGGCAGCAGUAAUGCUAACUCUGGCAAGCAAGUUGAAGCGGGAUGAUGGUGUCAGAGGACCUCGUGCCUCCAAUCCAGCUUCUGAUUCAACUCGGAGGGUGUCUGUUCGAGAUAAAUUACUUGUUAAAGAGGUUGCAGAACUUGAAGCUAAUUUACCUUGUACAUGUAAAGUGAAUUUUCCUGACCCAAACAAGCUUCACUACUUUCAGCUAACUGUAAUCCCAGAUGAGGGCUAUUACCAAGGAGGAAAGUUUCAGUUUGAAAUUGAAGUUCCUGAUGCCUACAAUAUGGUGCCUCCAAAGGUAAAAUGCUUGACGAGAAUCUGGCAUCCGAACAUUACAGAGACAGGAGAAAUCUGCCUAAGUUUAUUGAGAGAACAUUCAAUUGAUGGCACUGGCUGGGCUCCAACUAGAACAUUAAAGGAUGUUGUCUGGGGGUUAAACUCUUUAUUUACUGAUCUUUUGAAUUUUGAUGAUCCUUUGAAUAUUGAGGCUGCAGAGCACCAUUUGCGUGACAAG